AACUAUUCUCUAUGUAUCUUCUUUCUUUCAUGCAAUCUUAAAAAUUUCUAUUCUCUGCAGAAACAAGAAAGAAAUGGAGAAGCAAAUGGCCAUUCGCCUUAUAAGCUUGUCAAUACUAGUAAUAGCUACAGUAGCAGUCAUAGACAAAAACCCAAAAGCAGUGGAAAAAUGGUUCAAAAAUCUUCCAUACGCAAAGCAAAAAACCACAAAAUUCCACUUCUACUUUCACGAAAUUUUCGCAGGAGAUAACGAAACAGCUCCUGUUAUUGCACAAGCCAACAUCACGGCCCAGUCACCUACAUUCUUUGGCAUGGUUAGAAUGUUCGACAACCCAUUAACUAUUGGGCCAGAGCCCAAAUCGAAACAAGUGGGCCGAGCCCAGGGAAUUCAUGGGGCUACAUCAUUGACUGAAAUUGCUCUAUUUUUCGACUUCAAUUUUGUGUUCACUACCGGACCUUAUAAUGGUAGUACUCUGAGCGUGGUUGGUCGAGUUUCUGAAUCGCAGGAAUACAGAGAGUUGCCAAUUAUUGGUGGAUCUGGAAUUUUUAGGCUUGCUCAAGGUGUUGCUACAGCUAAGACUUAUUUCUCUAGCAAUACAACUGUUAUUGUUGAAUAUAAUGUCAUUGUACGUCAUUACUGAUUUUUUUUAGUUACUUCAUUUUUUUUUUUCCAACUUUUUGGGGAAUAAUAAGCUUAGCUCCGAAAAAGUGAACGGAGUAAUGUUUGAUAUAUUUGAUAUAUAUGUUUCUUUGAGUUUUAGAUC